AUGACUUUCUCUAUCCUGGACUCAGUCAAAACUAUCUUUGAUACCCUUAUCAAUGACCAAUCCCUUCCAAUUCCAGACGCGGCUCGUGACCUUGCUCGCACAAAUGUAACUUUCGAAGUUCCAGAGCGUGGUGAGGGCGCUGUCGACUCCGAUGUUGUACUUCCUUGCCCUCUCAAACAAUGCGAGACUGUCGCAGCUCUCAAGGCCGUCGAAGGAUCCAUCGGUAAUGCUAUCGCUGUUCUUAGAUACAACACCCCUCAAAAGGUCUCAAUCGACCUCCAACACGCCGUCCUCUUCCUUUUCAUGGCUUACCUAGCUACUGUUGACGGCAAAGGCAAACUCGACCCUGAGGUUAAAAAGUUCCUCAAGGACACGGAUCUCCUUCAAGCACAGUCAAACCUUUACCGCCGCAUGUCUGCAAACCUUUACAAGACCAAAGACAACAAAUACUUCCACAUCCAUGGUUCCCUCGAGGCUGAUACCACCCUUAAAAUGAUUGGCCUUCCUCCUAGAGACCCAUCCCAGACCGACUACCACCAAAUCAUCAAGACCCUUGGUGAUGCUGUUGCCAAAUACACUGCUGACGAGCUCGAGGUCAUGAAUGCUGAGAAAAAGCAGGCAGGUACUACUGCUCUUACUCGUGAAGAAUUUGACAAAACCCCACAUGGUCAAGUCCUCAACAAGCUACCCUACUGGGAAACCGUCGCUUUGGAAACAACUACCCCUCCUGUCGCCUUCCCUGAAGUCCCCGCAGAUAUUGGUACCCCUAAGAUUCUCUCCGGUUUUAAAGUCGUCGAAAUGUGCCGCAUCAUUGCUGGUCCUACCAUCACCCGUAUCUUGGCCGAGUACGGCGCUGAGGUCAUCAAGGUCACCUCACCCAACCUCUCCGAUGUCCCAUUUUUCCAGGUCGAUGGCAACAUGGGUAAACACACCACUGACCUCGAUCUCAAGGGAUCGCAAGAAGACCGCAAGAAAUUCGAGGCUCUUUUGACCGACGCUGACAUCCUCGUCGAUGGCUACCGUACACAUGCUCUCGAACACCUGGGCUACGGCAUUGACUAUUUCACCAAGAAGGGCAUUGAGCGUGGAAAGGGCUACAUCUACGUCUCUGAAAACUGCUACGGCUUUGAUGGCGAGUGGGCCCACCGUCCUGGUUGGCAACAAAUUGCUGACUGCGUCACAGGUAUUGCCUGGAUCCAAGGUAAGGCUCUUGGCCGUGAUGAACCCAUCAUCCCCCCCUUCCCCAUGAGCGACUACGGUACCGGGUGCAUGGGUGCCAUUGCGUGUCUCGAUGCCGUCUACAAGCGUGCCACAAAGGGAGGCAGCUACUGGGCCAAGACCUCUUUGGUCCAGUACGAUUUGCUGCUCAUGAACCAGGGUCUUUACCCAGAGUCUGUGUGGCAAAAGGUUCGCGAUUUGCACGAUGCCGACGUCCGUGCCGUGCGCUACUACGACAGUGUCGAUCACAUUUCCGGGGCAGCGCUUAAGAGCAUGUGGCGCAUCAGACCAGACAUUUUCACGGAAGUCGGCCAGAAGAAGUACAUGGAUGAAAACAUUUCUGAGGGCUUCCACAACAAAAAGGUCAAGACUCUCAAACCUGUGGUUCGUUUCGAUAAGAACCCUAAUGCUUUCGAAGAAGUCACUCGUCCUAACGGUUACGACGAACCCAAGUGGUGGAAAUAA